CGAAUUCACAAAGGUGGACUAAAGUUAUACCGGGGUUAAAUUUAGUCGGGGGUUAGCUAAUACCCGGGUAUAAAGUUAGUCCACCGCGCUAUUCACAAACGGUGGACUAACUAAUCCAUGGACUAACUUUAUACCCGGGUACUAAAGUUAGUCCAUGGCUGAGUUAUACCCGGGGUAUAACUUUAGUCCAUGGAUUAAAUCAUGAACUGAAGCUAGCAUACUAUUAUAACACUGCACUGAGCAUGCUCAGUAGUGAGAUGAUUGUCUGCUUGUACUGAGCAUGCUCAGAAGUGAUGUGAUGCCAGUUUGCAAUGGAGUCUGCAAAAAACAGAUCUGCCAACUGGCAUCACAGCGAGCGAUCGUAUCUUCUGGAGCUCGUGCAGGACCGUGCCCACAUCUUUGCUAAUAGAGCAAAUGAUGCUCUAAACAACAAAAGAAAAAACCUAGCUUGGGAUGAGGUUUGUUCUGCAAUUAUUGCCAGAUAUGGGAACAAGUGGACCACCGGGCAAAUAAAGACCAAGUGGAAACAACUUCGCAGCCAGGCAAAAAAGGAGUAUGGCGAGUGGAAGAGACGCUCCCGUAUGACGGGAGGAGGGCCACCUCCAGAUCCUCCUUCAUCAGUAACUCUAUUAAUCAAGGAGAUUCUCCCAAGUGACUUUAUCCAGUUGUCUAACCCAUAUGACGAUGAUGCCGGGUUGAAUAAUGAGGCUGUCACAGCCCUGGAAUUUCUAAGCCAUGGAGGUCUGACCACAGGCGAUGAUUGUUUGCAGCAAGAUGAACAGAACAGUCUUCAUCCAGCAACAAGUCAUGAACCAGUUCUUGCAUCAACAAGGCAAGACGAACAGAACAGUCUCCAUCCAUCAACAAGUCAUAAACCAGUUGUUGCAGCAACAAGGCAAGACGAACAGAACAGUCUCCAUCCAUCAACAAGUCAUAAACCAGUUCUUGCAUCAACAAGUCAAGCCAACAUGCAGAACAGUUCCCUUCCAUCCACAACUCAGAAUGGAGACAUUGAAACAACAAGGCAAGACACAACUCGAAAGCUUCAACCUCGUGGAGAGAAGAGGCGAUCAACCAUUCCCCACCAACCAAAAACUAGACCCAAACAUCCACAUAUCCAUUCAAGUGAGGAGAGACUCGUUGAACUGGCAGAGGAAGAGCACCAGAUACGACUUGAAUACAUGAGGAUAGAACAUGAGUAUAGGAUGGAAAUCCUUAAAGUUCAAAAGAAGACUGAAGAGGUGAAGCUAAAGGCUGCUCUUGCCGCAUAUUCCGAGGACUAAAUGAAAAAUAUCCAAACUUCCUUAUUUCUAUUCUGAUGAACUUUUGCAUUUUAUUUUUUUUUCAUUUCUUCAAAGCAUUUAGUCAAGGCUGAAUUGCCCCCUAAAUUGGUAUUAAUUAUCUUGCCUUUUGGAAAGUAUUUAACAUACAAGUUCUUUCAUCAUAAUUUUCAUGUACCUAAAUUAUUUAUCAGAGAGCAGAAAUGUACAUAAUCCAUUUCUUGUAAUAAGACAUAUUUUUAUGUGUGUACAUACAUAUAUAUAUUUAUAAAUAUAUAUAUUAGACCACCAAUGGCAAUAAAGUUGAAGAAAUAUUAUUGUUCAUACAACAAAUAUGUCAAUAAAUUGGAAUUCAGACACUGUUAAUGAUCUUGUUACUAUCAUUCUUUUGACUUGGUAACUAUGUACCCAAUGCAUGUGAAUAUUUAAUACUUUCAUAACACUACAAGUUGUAUAUCACUGGAUAUUAAAGAUGGAUGACCAGAGCAUGAUGGACAAUUUUAACAAGAAAUCCAUUUGAAUGCUACAAGAAUGCCUUUACAUACAAUGUAUAUCAUCAAUAUGCUUGAAAUUUAUUUUUUUGAAGAACAGGGAAUGACCUUAAAAUUGUUUUGACAGGACUUCGUUUAGACGAAGCAAAUGUAUCAUAAUCAUUUUAUUCAUCAAAGAUAUUUCUGAAACAAACGCAAGAGGGAGGAUAUUAAUUCAUGAAGUUUCAAACAAUGAGAGAUGAAUUUGAACCAAGUCAGCAGACAAUUUUACCAUUACUGCAUGUAACCAGGUGUACUGGGUGUAUCAAUGAGACAUGUCUACAUAAGGAGUCGCUGAUGGGGAACAUGUAAAUGUAGAUUGCAUGUGAAAGGGCUUCCACACUGGGUAUGCAGAGUUGUAAAGUAGAGUUGUUUGGGAAAACUAUUUGGUGUGCAAAUCACAAAUGACAGAAUUCUGGCAUCUUUUCAAUCAUUUUGGACUUUUAAAACUUGAAGUAUUUACUUUAAAACUCUUUUUUUAAAUUUUCAUUUGACACAUGAAAAAUGAUAUGUAUUGCACAAGUUUAACUUUGGGGAAAUAAAUUGGUAUCUUAAAAAGGUGUCUACAUGUAUGACAAGGAGUUCCUUAAAUUGAAUAUUUUUUUAAAAAUGCAUCAUGAAUAGCACCAUCAGAGAAUUGAAAGAGCAACUUUCAAUUUAUGACAAUGAUGCCAAUUUAAAAAAUGAGGCUGUGACAGUGUAAUCCUUGAAUUCAAAUUGUAAAAGCUAAUAUUUUUCAUGCUCCAAAGUGCACGUAAAAGAGCGACAUGGUCUCAAAGAAACAAUGUCCAUAAUACGGUAGUAAAAAUGAUUGUAUGCGUACUAC